AUGGGUGUUGGAGCCCAGCCGUACCAGUGUACUAUCAAAAUGAACGCAGGUACAACUCAGGGAGCAAACAAGGCCGCUCCCCCCAAAUUCAAGCAGAAGGGGGAGGGGAGGACGUUCAAGAGCAAGCUCCCCAAGCCUGGCCAGAAGGGGUUUGACAAUGAUGUCCCUGGAAUGGAAGGCCUUGGAGACUCUGCGAUCGUGUGCCCCUGGGAGGCAUUUGGGGACAUGGAGCUGAGUGAUCUGGCCCAGUUUGGACUCGUAUAG